AUGUUUCGAUCAUGUCAACGAUGGCAGCAGCAGGCUCGAUAUCUUUUUGGUCACCGAGGUUUCCAUUUAUCUCCCAUUCUUGCCAAACGUGUCACUCGUGGCUCUGUACAAGAUGUCUUUGAUCACUCGUCUUCUUCGUCAUUACGACACCAAAAAGAACGACCAUUGCCACAGUCAUUGUUGCCCGAUGCCACCAAACAACAACCCAUUUCCCUUGAACCACGAUUAGCAUGCACUGGAUCAGUCGUCCUUGAUGCCGUUCGAGAGUAUACAAGCAAGUAUCCAGACUGUGUAUUGUUAAUGCAAGUAGGCGACUUUUAUGAACUCUAUGAAACACAUGCAUCACAAUAUGCAUCGCAACUGGAUUUAAAGUUGACACGCAAGGAAAUGACGAGUGGUGUCAUUGUGGAUUUUGCUGGAUUCCCAUCACGUGCCUUGGAUCGGUACCUGGAUAUGCUUGUCAAUCAACUUGGAUGUCGAGUAGCCUUAUGUGAACAAUGGAUCAAGGAAGGAGAAAGCGCAAUACGACGUCGCAUCACACGCAUCAUUACACCAGGCACUGUUAUUGAGGAACGUUUUCUCGAUGCCCACAGCAACAAUUAUCUAUUGGCAGUGGCACCCUCUGGGCCUCAUGGAUCCAUUCUUGGAUUAGCGUGGAUCGAUGUAUCAGUUGGCGAGUUCAAUUUGCAAUCAUCACGAUUGGAUCUCUUUAAAGAUGACAUUGCCCGCAUUCGUCCACGUGAAGUCAUCAUUCCAGAAUCACUUUUACAACACCCAUCAGUGAUGCAAACAUUGGCAGCUGAUCCAAGCAUAGCCAUCACACCACGUCCUGAUUCAGUAUUUGAUGGAAGCGAAGGUCAACGUUACUUGCACAACAUGUUUACAACCAUGGAGACAAAAUUCUCUGCAGCUGAAUGUGGUGCCAGCUUGGCUUUAUUACGAUACAUUGAUGAGACGCAUGUGGAUACCAAACCACGACUUUUACCACCACAACGUGUCAACAUGGAUGAUACAUUGCAGAUCGAUAGUGCAGCCGUGGCAUCACUCGAGCUUGUAAAGACAUUACGAGAAGGGAAGCGGACCAAUAGUCUCCUUGGCACCAUGGAUCAUACAGUGACAAGUGCUGGUUCAAGAUUAUUAGCACGAUGGCUGGCGGCACCUUUGACAUCACUAAAAGGCAUCACGAGACGACAAGAUGUGGUUGAAUUCUUUGUACAACAACGUCAUAUUUUGGAACAGGUGCGUUAUGUGUUGGAGCAGAGUGCUGAUGCUCAACGUGCUUUGCAACGACUUGCCUUGGGACGUGGACAACAUAUGGAUUUGAUGCAAAUAUGGGCGACAUUAACAGCUGUCAAGGAGGCUCGAUCAUGGCUGCUCACCACUACUAUCACCACCACCAACAACAAUGACGCCAUUCAAUCCCUUAUUACGGAUUUGGAUCCACAUGACUCUUUGGCAUCCACCAUUGAUGCCGCUUUUGAUCACGACAAGAUUGCAUCAUGCGAGACACGAGGAUUUGAUUUUGGUUAUGUGCGCCCCCAUUUCGAUCGAGAGCUCUUGAAGCUUCACAAUGACCUUGAACGACUCAAUCAACAACGUGAACAAUUGGACCAAAAGCUGAAAAGUGUGGCGGGACGAUCCGUAUCAUUGUUGGUCAAUGCUAUUUAUAGUCAUAUUGUUGAAGUCAAUGCGUCCCAAGCAUCCAAGCUCCUUGCGCAUUGCCCAGACGCAACCCUUGUCAAUCAAACCAAGAGCAAGCAUCGAUACCAAGUGGAUGAAUGGACAACGUUAUCGGUUCAAUUACAAAACACACAUGCACGUAUCAUUGAGCUUGAGAGCCAAGUAUGGGAUUCGGUGGUGGCCAAAGUGCUUGAUCAAGCGGACUCGAUUGUUGCUACAGCUGGUACGCUUGCCCAAUUGGAUGUGUUGUGUUCCUUUGCAUGGAUGGCACGGCAAUAUCGUCACGUGAGACCUUUGAUGACAGCCGAUGGAUCGCAUGAUAUGCAUAUUGUGGGAGGUCGACAUCCCGUGGUGGAAGCACAUUUGGCUUUGGGAGGCAAGGCCUUUAUCAAGAAUGAUUGUCACCUCAACGACGAGAAUACAGCAUGGUUGUUGACAGGGCCCAACAUGGGUGGCAAGAGUACAUUUUUACGACAAAAUGCUAUUAUCCUCUUAUUGGCUCAUAUGGGUGCCUUUGUUCCAGCACGUGAAGCACGCAUUGCUAUUGCCGAUCGGAUCUUUAGUCGAGUGGGUGCUGCUGAUAACCUUGCGGAGGAACAAUCGACCUUUAUGGUGGAGAUGAGUGAAACAGCUACCAUCCUAAAGCACGCUACAGCCCAAUCUUUUGUUAUCAUGGAUGAAGUGGGUCGUGGGACAUCAACUGCAGAUGGUCGUGCAUUGGCAUUCGCUAUCCUUGCUUAUCUACAUGAUCAUAUCCAAUGUCGUACUCUUUUCGCUACUCACUACCACGAGCUUGCUGAUCACAUUAUUGCCGCCAAACCAAAGGAUGCUUUUCAACGUGUGGAAUGCUAUAAGACUGAACUUCGCCAAGAUGAAUCAGGACGUUUCUCGUUUCUUCAUCGUGUCUUACCAGGUGUAUGUCGUCAAUCACACGGUCUCAAAGUAGCACAGCUUGCAGGCAUACCAUCCCAAGUCAUUCGUACAGCAGAGUCGGUGCGAGACGAGCUCCAAUUACUUUGA